AUGAGCCUCUGCAAAUUUUCCAUCUGCAGCAGCCCGCGCUGUGUAACCACACCUAAUAAUCCACCCUCAACAAUCUCAACAACCACGCGACACAAGCAUCGCAAUCCUUUCAUCAACAACAACGCAGCUCCGAUGGCUCCGAAGAACUACCUCGAGUGUUCACCGCGCAAACGCUACGGUCAGCCCAGCACCGGUGCGCGCUUCACCGGCCAAGUCCCUACCGCGGAACAACUCCUACAGAGUCUUAUUCGCCGCCGUCACAUCUCAGCCUACAUCGCCUUCAUCCGCCCUGAGAUCAGUCACAUGAUCAGAGAGUAUGGUAGGGUGGCUAUCCAGACUGUUUGUCAGGAGCUCUACGCUAUAGGUGCUCGAGCUGCUCCGUCGCCGUGGUUUGACCUCAUGUGCGAUCGAACCACGUGGAAGCUGUGUUUUGACCCGCUUGGCGACGAUGCCCCGGAAUGGCCUUGGGCGCAUAUCAAGUUUCCUUCCGUCCUUGCUGAAGGAGAGCAGCCGGAGAGCGUAUAUGUAGACUACUGCCAGUCACGAAUAGAGCAAGAUGCCGAGAUGGCACGAAUGAAUCAACAGCUCAAAGCACAAGCCGAUGCAGCAGCUGCUGCCCGCGCCGCGGACCCCACCUGCAAAUUCAUCGUCACAUCCCCAGCGCCCCUUCAAAACAUCGACGAGCCAGUACGAGUUGACACCGACUUCGAUAUAAGAAACGCUCUCUGGAAUCUCACUAUCAGCAAGCCAUUCGACGAGUGCAACGCAGCCGGUCCGUUUGAGGUUGAACCAAAGGUCCCAUUGGAGUGGUACGUCGCCAAAGAUCUGGCAGCCAUCAACGGGCUUCUUCCGCCUUGCAUCGCUGUCAAAAUGAAUGCUAUGAAUAGAAGGGUCUUUGUCACUAUUGUUGAGUCUGCGGAAGUCAACCCCGCGGUCCCUGUACGAGAUGUCCUUCUUGAUGUUUGGGAGCUUCUGCGGUCGUGGGCGGUGAUGACCAAUGGACGGGGUGAGGGUGAGAUGAAGACUCUGCUUCAGCACUUUCUGGCAGUCAAGGCGCAACGUGAAACUUUACGAGGUCCCUUACUGCCUCAGCAGUGA